AUGCUGAAUGAUUCGCUUAAGAUGGAGAAUGUUUCCAAAGAAAGGGAUAUUCCAAAAACGGAUGCCGAAGUCUUAACUGACAUAUGUUGUCUUGGAAUGCAGUGCGGUGACGUGGAGCCUGUGAAGGAGGUUGGGGCGAGAUGUGAGGAUGCUGUGUGCUACGAGGACAGCAAUCGGCGGGUAAAGCAGUCGUCCCCGUCCGUGAGCGUGGCGGUGGUGUCGCUGCGGCAAGAGAACGUGUCGCUGCGCCACGAGCUGGUGGCGGCGCGCGGCGUGCUGGCGGCGCUGGACGAGCAGUGCCGCGUGGCGGGCCUGCGCGCCCGGUUCAAGGACGAGGUCAUACUGGAGAUGAGGCGCCAGCUGCGGCAGGCCAAGGCGAAGCUCAAAGAACUGUCAGAGGCCAAAUUAAACGUACAAAAAGACCGGGAGGGCGAAUGUCACAAUUCGCAACAGCGCAGGAAGUGCAGGGAGAGACCCGACGCGGACUUGGCCACGGAUUGGGACUGUUGCAGCACUAUGUAUGAGUCUGAUGUCUCCUCUAAGGGC